AUGAACUCUGCGCAGAUGAACUGUCUUCAUAUUACACGUCUGACAACUGUAAGGUAUCUGCGCCGCACUGGAUUCAUCCCCUCGUCGUCGCACCUGCCCUUCUCCCUGCUGGACUGUACAGUGUGGCGGCCUUUUUCAGUCGGCACCACAAGAGGCUUCGUUGAGCACAACUCCUGCCUCAGAGUGAUGAGGGAUGCCCAUCCGACAUCAGCGCGGCAUCCUGUUGCAUACAUUCAUCCUUUCAAUGUCAAGUCAAGUUUUUCCGUUCUAGCGCGCCAGAACCAGUUGUCACCUGCCUUGGCUGUUCGUGCUCGACAAAUUGCGAUGACCGGCCUUUGUCAUUCACCCCGAUAUUCAGUUGCGCCUAUGAUGGAAGUCACGGACCGUCACUUUAGAACACUUUCACGCCUGAUUAGUCGAGAUGCUGUGCUCUACACAGAAAUGGUCGUGGAUCGUACACUGAUUUACAAUGAACAACUUAGAGAAUACGCGUUGAGGAUUCCGCCACUGCCCAAUUCGUCCUCUUCGCAACAUCCCGUCGUGCUUCAAUUAGGCGGCUCUGUCCCCGACGAGCUUGAAGCUGCAGCUCGAAUCGCCGCAAAGUAUGGGUACAGUGAGGUCAAUUUGAAUUGCGGUUGUCCAUCACCAAAAGUUGCUGGCAAAGGUUGUUUUGGAGCUGCGUUGAUGCGUGCGCCAGAAGUCGUUGCGGAAGCGACGAAAAAGAUGGCUGCUGUUUUGCCGGAGACCACCCCUGUAACAGUGAAAUGUCGUAUUGGCGUAGACGACUUGGAUUCCUAUGACUUCUUACGCAACUUUGUUGAAAUUGUUCACCAACGGGGCGGGGUCAAGCAUUUCAUCAUUCACGCAAGGAAAGCGAUUCUUGGGGGCCUUUCCCCAGCGCAGAACCGCUCAGUCCCACCCUUAAAAUAUGGGUAUGUUCACAGACUCCUGCAAGACUUUCCUGACGUAACUUUCACCAUAAAUGGGGGAUUUAAGACUCUAUCUGCUGUGCAGGAACAACUUGACGUUGGCGUCCAUGGUGUCAUGGUUGGUCGGGAAGUAAUGGACAAGCCGUGGCAUGCGCUUUGUGAUGUGGAUCGCCUGUUUUUUGGUCGUAAUUGCACACCGGAUGAUGGGACAAUUCUCACUCGUCGAGGUGUACUUCGCGACUACACUGCAUAUGCCGAGAACGAAAUUGAGCGGACUGGUUGUUCUAUUCGGGCUGUGGUCAAGCCACUUUUACAAUUAUUUCAUGGGGAACCGAACGGCAAAAUAUAUCGGCGAGCUAUCGACGAGUGUCUCCGGGACCCAGCCCUCUCUGUCGGAGAUAUUAUAAAUCGCGCUUCCUCCGUACUGUCAGAUGAUGUUCUUGAUGCACCGCCUCCUUCAGCCGUCGCACAUCUUGAUAAGAGUGUAGCAGAUGAUGUACAGGUAUGUGCAGCCUUUGAACAUCGACAAGAGGGCCUCUGAUUAUUGCGUGGGAUUUCUGGAGUUUGAACAAUAUACAAGAGGAGAAGAAUAUCAGCAUGGCUCCGUAAUGUCAAAACAAUACAAUGCAAACCCUCAGCAUGGCACAUCAGUGCCUAUGUGGCAACGAAAUAGGUAAUUUUGGAAUUGCGGACCGUUGCCUAGGGAGGGGCAGAGGCUGUCCGAUGGAGAGUAGGCAUGAGAAUAAGAAUAUGUUUGCACGGUGCGAAAGGACAUCAAAAGGGGGGCCGAGCCUCAAGGUUUGGAUGAACAGGACGUGUGCCAGGAAGAGCACGGUAAACUGUUCUUGAAGGUGACGGAUGGUGCGACAUCUGCAUCCGACUGCAACGGUUAUUGUUGGGACGCGAUGGUUGGGCGUGCAGUUUGUGUGCCAUGUCAUAGCAGCGUGCUCUCCCCUCGUGACGAAGAAUUUUGAAUUUUCGAGUCGUUUUCAAUCGAAUUUUGUGGCUUGCCGCAUUUUGGAGCGUCCCGCCCGUGUGCUUUUCACAAAACAGCUCCUGUACAUUUUAUAGCUCUGUACGAUGCAACACUCGACAGGAUCACAUUCGUCCGGCACUGCUUUACAAGUCCCUUUCUCAAACCACAGCGCGACUUUUUCUGUCCUUUCAUCUGCAACACGCGACUUAUCUGGACCAGCAACAUUAGGUCUUCCUAAGAGGACUGGAAACCAUCCGCAUUGGUAAACGCAACGCUUUUUUCAGAA